AUGGAGCUGGCCAAGCGCCUGCAGGAGUUGGAGGCGCGGCUAGCACAUCAACGGUCCGCCACACAGGCACAACUGCUCGGUGUGCAUGCGCUGGAACACUCGUGGCGGGCCAAACAAGCGGCCAUGGAUGCGGCACUGGCCCCGUUUGCUCCGGCUAGUCUUUACCAGCAGCUUGCAGCGGGCGUCAAUGAACAGGAGCAGGUGUGCCAGGCACUCGAGGAGAGCUUUCUCGAGGGUGAGGGCGAUGGAGGCCUAGCCAGCGAGCGCGAGGCUUCGGAAUGGGUGCGGCGGUAUCGUGAUGCUCGCAAACUGUUUUACCUUCGGCAGGAACGCAAGGAGCGAUGGGACGAAGGGCGUGUCGGCGGAUGGCGGUAA